AUGACGUCAUCCGAUUCCUGCGAAACAAAGCGCGGAUUUUAAAAACAAGAUGUUGUCAGACUAGUUUCUGAAGUCAGAGUUCACCUGUAAAUGUUAAAUAUGCAUGCUAAGUAUUAAUUUAAUUCAGUUCGUGCUCGUUUUUGGUCUUUGAGAGACUCGUGAUUGUGAUUAUUGCUACUAUUAGCUGGGCACUGAUAGCCACCUGUGCUAACAGGAGAUAGUCUGAUGUUUUAACGUUUCAAACGUCAACAAAUGGAGGAUAACUCGUCUUGUUCGUCGAUAGUGACUGCUGUAUCGCAGGAGUCUUUCCUCCAGAGGACUCUGGGGGCGUUGUCGUCCACACAGAGCUUGAGGCUGAGCAGAGAGUGUGCGGUGGCGGUGGUUGCUCUGCAGAGAUACCUGUCCGAGCAGCCGGGGGGGAAACACCUGGACACCCUGGACACCCUGGACACCCUGGACACCUACAGCUACGACAUCACCGUCACAGACGGAGUCUGCAGAGCCAAGUGCUUCCUCCACCCUGCGUUAAACCGCCUGGUGCACACCAACACCCUGAAGACUGGCAGCGACGUGUUCAUCACGCAGUGCUCUUUCGUCUACAACGAGAGGAGACUGGCACACGGAUACAUGUGCGUGGAGCAGCUGCACUGCAGCCCCGGGGGCUCUGCCAUCCUGCACCGCAUCAAGGACGUGGCUGCACUGCCCAUGCUGGUGAAGCCUGGCAUGGAGAGGAGCGUGGCGCUGCAGAGGGACGUGCCCCUUCAGGUGAGCCGCAAACAUUACCUGUCCCUGUGGAACAACGACGACCCGGAGGGGAACGCGUGGACCGCAGGGAGUCCCCCAUCUGACACGGUGCUGGACGUGUCAAAGGUUGCUCUUAUUAGUAGUCUGGAGUCGUCCUAUAGAGCCACACGGAACCCCCUCCCUCUUCUGGUGAAGAUAAUACACAAAUCCAGAUUACGGUAUUAUGGAAAGUUUGGGCUAAAGAUUGAUUACCCCUAUCAGGCUUACUUUGAAGUAGCUGACCAGAGCGGUUCGAUGUCGCUUGUGCUUUGGAACGAACUUUGUCCAGAGUUUUACCAGCGGCUGAGUGUCGGCACGGUGUUAUACCUCCAAAAUUACACCCUGAAGAAGAGUUACUCAAGCCGAUCACGGCCGCAGAUGGACCAUCACAGAAUGAAAAACUUUACUUCUGUAGAAAUCUGCCUGAAUCCUCAUAAACCAGCUUCAAUCAUCACGGUGGUCGCGCCAAAGAGUGUUCCACUUCAGUGGGGGCUGCCUGACGUUUCCUACCGUUUUAUCAGCAGGUCAGAGUUGGAGAGACUAGCUGAUAAUUCUGCAUGGGAUGUCAUUGGUUUGGUAACAUUUGUUGGCCGUGUGGAAAGAGUCAGGAGCAAAGGGAGCAAAGCUCCAGAAAAAUACUGGACAUAUCGCUGGGUCCAUAUGAUGGAUGGGACCUCUGAGCAGCCUUUUAUCCUGGAGCUUUUUUCAUCAUCUCACCCUGAAAUCUUCAGUCUUAUUUGUCCAAUGACCUACCUGGUGUGCACUCAGAUGAGGGUGUGUCACGUGGAAGGCUCACUGCCGUACCUCACAAGCAGCUGUGAGACUGAGAUACUCAUCACAGGCUACCACAAGGGUCAGCCAUAUGUGAGUGAUCCCAGAGUGAAGAGCUUCAUCCAGUGGACCAAGACUCUGAAGGACAACAUCAUACUGCAGAAGACUGCUGUUGGUGGCCAUUAUUCAUACCCACGCCCCCCGCAGACAUUUAUACAGUCACCAGCAAGUACAUCAGGUCAGGUUCCUCUGAUUGCUGUGGCUGACCUGAAGAGGGAGUUGGAGACCAUGCAAUACAGAGAGCAUAAAAAACUUGCAAUUCAGGGACAGAUCACAGCAGUGCUUUACACAAAAAACCCAAAGCUACAAGGAGCAGAAGAAAGAGAAGUUUCCCAUGAUGUGGGUAAACAACCAGCAACAGACCCACACAAUCAUCCCUCAACGUCUGAGCAAAAUGUGGCACACAGUCCAGUGUCUUCCUCCUCUGAUGAUAACUCUGCCAACAGAAGGAAAAGGAGAAUUCAAGUGAGUAAAGCGUCAGAGUCCUCCCUAAAGAAUAACAGCUGCCCAGCUAAAAGGAGACUUGGAGAGGAAAGUACUGAGGGAGGAGAAGAGCAGGAGGAACGUGAGUCUGGAUCUGAAGAGGGUCAACAUAAGGAACACAGCCUCACACAAAACCCAAGUGAAGACUCCUUACUUUCAGAUGCUCUGUCCUGGAAAAGCAGCAGCUGGUCAAAGCAACGACAAGACCUUUCGGAAAUCUUGUGUCAAGGUGGAUUGUACGAGGAGAGCGUCUCUCGCAGGUUCACGUUUGAUGAGAAGAGUGUUCUCCUUCAGUGGAGCAACCUUCAGCCGACCCGGUGGACGUCAGACCAGACUACUGACACCCUCACAUCUGCACCGUGUCCAGGAUACUUCCAGCUCACCAUCCUCGGAAUUAACAAGCAGAUAGCUGUGGAUGUUGCGUUUCUUCCCGUCCUUCGCUCCGAUGAACCCCAGGCUGUUGGCCUUCCUCAGCAUCCGCACGACAACACAAUGCUGUCCUGUCUUACCUCGGGUUUCCUCUGGCCUCUCAGCAGUGCAGCCGGACAAGGACAAGCAGUUCAUCCUGAUCCAGAGGAGAUCUUGGCGAGUGCCAGUGAGCUGGAGGACAUGCAUGUAGUUUGCAUCUUGGAAAUUUGUCAUCUGGGGGAUGAUAAAGUGGAAAUACUGGUCAACAAAGUGUACAGAGUUACAGACACUUCGCUUGACUAGAAGUUACUUGAGGCAAGAUCUUGUAAUAAUCAUGUUGCAAAGAUAUUAUUAUCCUUUACAUAUGUACAGUAUCUGUCCUGUAAUUUGUAGUUUUUUUAUUAUUAAACUAAU